AUGAAGUUUUUGGAGCUGUUUGGGCGUCUAAAAUCCGUCGUUAUCGGAAUGAUUCACGUGAAAGCGUUGCCAGGUAGCCCACUGGGCUCUUUGAAAAUGUCUGAAAUCAGCGAGGCGGCGUGCCGGGAGGCAGCGAUCUACAGAGACGCAGGGGUUGAUGGACUGAUCGUUGAGAACAUGCACGAUGUGCCGUACUCUCUGAGCGUGGGCCCCGAGGUGAGCGCCUGCAUGACCGCCGUCUGCUGCAGCGUUAGGGCCGCCUGUCCGUCCCUGCCGAUAGGAGCGCAGAUCCUGACUGCAGCCAAUCAGCAGGCUCUGGCUGUGGCUCUGGCUUCAGGCCUGGACUUCAUCAGGGCUGAGGGCUUCGUCUUUGCUCACGUGGCAGACGAAGGCCUCCUGAACGCCGGCGCUGGGGACUUACUGCGGUACCGCAAACAGAUCGGAGCUGAGCACGUGCAGAUCUUCACCGACAUCAAGAAGAAGCACAGCUCUCAUGCCCUGACAUCAGACGUGAGCGUCGCAGAGACGGCGCGUGCUGCUGAGUUCUUCCUCUCAGACGGCGUCAUCAUCACAGGAGCAGCCACAGGACUGCAGGCCGACCCCGAGGAGCUCCGAGACGUUUCCCAGUCUGUGGGAAUCCCCGUGCUGAUUGGCUCAGGAGUGACCUAUGACAAUGUUGAACGCUACCUGGAUGCAAACGCGAUGAUAGUGGGCUCCCACUUUAAGCUGGGCGGGCACUGGGCCAACGAGGUGGACCCGCAGCAGGUGAAGAGGUUCAUGGGAAAAAUCCGGAAGCUCCGCCAGUGAAUGAGCCGCCACGAUAAAGACACGCAGACCGCAGCUUUAGAAAAUC